CGAAUCUAUCGGCCCUCGACUGACCGCCAGAACACCGCAGCACCACAUGUCUUUGAGAAGAGGUGACCGGCCCUAGUAUCAAGUCGUUCGAUUGUCACAAUGGCCACGGCUGAGGUCUUGAACCUGCUUGAUACCUGGCCGGGCCGCUCCAUCCAUGGUUUUCCAGGAACCGGGCUCUCACCAAAGACGAUUCGGUCGAAUGGACGCGUCGAACAGUUCUCGGCUGGGGCCAGCCUGGUCUCUCAACUGAGCUUUAUUUCGCAAUUGUGGAUAGAGCUAUGUGCCACUUCCAAGGCGACACAACCUCUCUUUCAUGGACCCCUGACCCUCCCAGACAUCUCCCCGAGAUGGACUCGUCUUCUUCCGUCCGAGCAGGGUCUCGACUCGCCCACUUCUGGUCUUCCUGACCCGACGGAUAGCGGUACAUUCGUUCGAAGGCGCCAGUACCCGACCAGGACGCUUUCGGCAGCAACUCCAAGGCAUGUACCGCUUAGCUCAAACCCGAGACGUCCAAAAGACGAUCUUUUCAGCGAUCCCACGACCAGCCCACAGAUUGACUUCACAUCUGAGAAGGGUUUCCGGCAGGCCGCCAAAAAGAAGAAGAAGAACAAUGCCUCAGCAAAAACCAACAACAACGCCAACAACGACCAAGCAGAUGACAACGCCAAGAAACCCGAGGACGCCGGUGACACGAAUAACGGGGAUGCCGGCGGCGAUUCUCCAGGUGGUGAUGCUGGCGGUGCCGGCGACGGAGAUGGCGGAGAGGACGGCAAGAAGGGUGAUGAUAAGAAAGAGGACGCAAAAGAGGAGCAGGGAGAAGAGGUGAAAGAGGAGAAGAAUGAGGAGAAGAAAGAGGAGAAGAAUGGGGAGGAGACAGAGGAGAAGAAGGAGGAUGCUGAGCCCGUUGAUGACUGGGCGGCCUUCACGUUCAGCAGCAACAAAAAGAAGAAGAAGGCUAAAGCUGGAUCUGCUGCCGACACUGCUCCCGCGGCCGGAGACAAAGCAAACGAUUCCGGCCUGCCUACCGUGGACUCUGGAUCCGGUGGCUUCGAUUCUUUCCAGGAAGUCAAGUUGGAUGAUAACCCGGCUCCAGACCCUCCAGUUAAACCUACGGAGAAGGGAACCAAAAGCCCAUUAGCUUUUGGUGCAUGGGGCACGGCUGCUAGCUGGGCUUCUAGCUGGGGCUCAAAACUUUCAUUGGCCAAUAAAUCAAAAGAGGCAAUUGAUGAGAAUCCCUGGGCCGCCAAAGUCAGCAAAGCCACGGCCAGCCUCGGGUUUUCUUUUGGUCUCGGUGACGAGGCAGACGGACUCGAGAAAGAUGCAAAACCCGCUGAAUACGAGGCUGCUGACGCUGGCUUUUCGAUGGCGGCAGCGAAGACAAAGAAGAAGAAGAAGACCAGCCUUUGGGGGGACCCAGAGCCAGAGGCAGAACCGGCCCCCGAACCCCCUGCCCCAGCUCCAGAUUCGCCAGCCCAGCCAGACGACGACGGCUUUGCCAUAUCGACCAAGAAGGGCAAGAAGAAGAAAGGGGCUAUUGUCGAGGAAACGAAGGUCGAGGAGCCCAAGGCGUCAGGUGAUGCAUGGGACUUUUGGGGUGCCAAGAAGAAGACGAAAAGCACUGUCGAUGAGACAAAGCCUGCGAAUCCAGAGCCUGAGCCCGUGCCGGAUCCUCCAGCAGAUCCUGAAACGACCGCAGAUCACAAUGCAGACGGUGCUUGGGGCUGGGAUUCUGUCACGGUCACUAAGAACAAGAAAAAGAAAGGUAAGAAUCCGGUCACUGACAGCUCUCUCCAGGAUCCGGAGCCAGAACCCACUCCAGAGCCCGAGUCUGCGCCUGAGUCUGCACUGUCAAAGAACGAAGACGAUUUCUGGGGCAGUUUCGGCAGCAAAAAGGAAAAGAAGAGCAAAACUCCGGCAGCCGAACCUGAGCCUGUCAAGGUUCCGGAGCCAGAGCCUGAACCGGAGAAGAAAGAGGAGGAUAUCUGGAACUUCACCACCUCUAAGAAAGACAAGAAGAAGAAGAAGGGGAAGACUGCUGGUGUAGAUGUUGACCCACCUAAACCCGUGGAAACAGAGCCUGAGCCUGAGCCCAAACCGGAACCGGAACCGGAACCGGAACCGGAGCCUGUACCUGAAUCGUCUCCCGAGCCCAUACCGGAACAGGAGAAAAAGGAAGAAGAUAGCUGGGGGGCUAGCACAUCAAAGAAGGAAAAGAAGAAGAAGAAGGGCAAGAAGGACGAACCCGAACCUGAGGUUGAACCUGCACCAGAACCGGAGCCGGAGCCAGCCGCUGAACCAGAACCCGAGUCCGUACCCGAGCCAGGGACGAAGGAUGACAACGAUUUCUGGGGGGUGCUUGGUAGUUCGAAGAAGGAGAAGAAAAAGAAAAACAAGAAAGGACAGCUCGAGGAGCCGCAGCCCGAGCCUGUCAAGGGUCCGGAGCCAGAGCCUGGGCCUCAGCCUGAUGUUGAGGACGAUGUCUGGGGUCUUUCCACCUCAAGAAGUGACAAAAAGAAGAAGAAGAAGGGGAAAGACAAGGUUGCGGAACUCGAACCUGAGCCUGAGUCGACACCAGGGGAUGACUCUCUCAAUUCGCUAGGCGGCUCCGAGGAAGGCAAAAAGAAUGGCGAGGCAGCGCAAGCGCCAGGGGGGAAUGACAAGGACCUCAUCGACCUCGACAAGCCGGCGGAUUUGAAGAACAAUGACUUUUUCAGUUCCUGGAGCACAGGAAUUGACAAGACGAAGGGCGACGAUGGGGAGAAGCCGAACAAUGAACUGGCUACAGGGGAGGAUAACUGGGAAGAAUGGGAUAAGAAACAGAGUCAAGAAGCCGAGGAGCAAGCUCGUAUAGACGAAGAGGAGCGACAACCGAAAGAAGCCGAGGAGCAAGCAGCCAGGGACGCCGAGGAAACUGAAGCAGCCAAGGAGGAGGAAGAAUUGGCAGCUCUCAAGGCCAAGAAAGCUAGCUCAAAGAAAAAGAAGCUGAAUAAGAGCGAUCAAGAGAAGCUCGACCGGUUAACAGCAAGUAUAAAGAGGAGAGCCGACAUUAAAGCUGCACGCGAGGCCGAGCAGGCGGAACAGGAAAGACAGAAAAAGGAGGAGGAGGAAUUGGCUGCUAAGGAGGCUGAGGAGAGGGCUGCAUACGAAGCCAAGCAGGCGGAACAGGAACGACAGAGAAAAGAGGAGGAGGAAUUGGCUGCUAAGGAGGCUGAGGAGAGGGCUGCACGCGAAGCCGAGCAGGCGGAACGGGAAAGACAGAGAAAAGAGGAGGAGGAAUUGGCUGCCAAGGAAGCUGAGGAGAGGGCUGCACGCGAAGCUGAAGAGGCUGCGGAGAGGGAGCGUCAGGAGGCUGAGGCAGCAGCGGAGGCAGCAGCAGCGGAGGCAGCAGCAGCGGAGGCAGCAGCAGCGGAGGCAGCGUCGUCUGGGAAGAAGUCGAAGAAGUCGAAGACCAAGGAGAAGGAGAAGGAGAAGGAGAAGGAGAAGGAGAAGGAGAAGGAGAAAGAGAAGGAGAAAGAGAAGGAGAAAGAGAAGGAGAAAGAGAAGAAAAAGAAGGACAAGGACAAAGGUAAAGAGAAGGAAAACGAGAAAGGAAAAGGGAAAGAGAAGGAGAAGGAGAAGGAAAAGGAGAAAGAAGAUACUCAGGCUACCGAGGACGACGAGUUCAAAGAUAUCGAGCUUACACCAGAACAGGUCGAAGAAUUGCUCGCCGAAAAACCAAAAGGGGAGGAGGAAGAGAAGGGGUCAAUCUCGGAGGGAGUGCCUCCUCCUCCUCCUCCUCCUCCUGCUGCUGCCGCUGCUGCUGCUGCUGCUGCUGACCCCUUCAGCUUUUGGGGGGCUGCCAAGAAGUCAACCGCUAAGAAGUCACGGCUCGACUCAUGGCUUCCCGAGGCACAGGAUACCCCUCACCAGGCAGCGGUUCCGGAAAUUGCGCAUGCUGAGUCAUCAACCUCCAAGGAAGUUACCUCUCCCGGCGCAAUCGACACUGUCACCACCGAGGGAGGGGGUGACACCGAGCCGGUCAGGCCUGUGAAAUCGAAGAAGGCCGUGAGCGGCAAGAUCGCCGACCGUCUGCGCGCCUUUCAGGUGGUUGACGACGAACCGGACAACGACGCACCAUCUGAGGCGCUCCCACCUCCGCCGCCCCCGCCCCCGCCUGCACCGGCCCCUGUCGCGGAGCCCGUCGAGGUGCUGGAGGACAAGAAGACAAAGAGCUCCAAAAAGAGCAGCGGGAGGAGCAAAAACAAGGAACAGGUCAUUAACAUCGACAAGUUCUCUUCUGCUCCUCCUCCUCACUCCGGCUUGCCCGGCAGCUUCCCGCUUAGCGAAGAGGAACCCCACAACAGCGACCCCGGUCACGGCGACGACGAUGAGAUAGUUGAGGUUGUUGACAUGUCGCCGCCAAAGAAAGCCGAGAAAACGAAGAAGAUUAAGGGUUCUCCGGAAGUUAUUGACGUCCAACCCCCACCUCCGGUCCCUCCCCCGCCGCCCGCGGUUCCUGAUGCCCCCCCAAUGAUGACACCGGCCGCAGUCCGCUCGUCGAGGAAGGAGAGACCUAGGGUUAACCGCGAGGGCUCGGCGUCAUGGGGUACAUGGACAACGACCCCGAGUAAGGAGCCUAAGAAGCCCUCAUCGAGAUCCAAGCCAGAGAAAGAAACCAGCACAAGGAAAAAGACCUCUUCGACGACAGAAAAGGUCAAGAAAACAGAAAAGCCUUCGUCAAGAGGCUCUGGCUCGGAGGGCACAGAUAAGCCAAAGUCUAAAGAGACUCCGGCGCGAUUUGCCAGCGUCUUCGCAAGCACUCCACCCCUCUCACGGUCGGCCUCGACCCGCGAAAAGCGUCAUGGCGCUAGCAAGUCGAGCUCGCGCCGGCACUCGAUUGAUAUGACUAGUGGUCUGAUGAGCCCUCCUCCCGAAGACAUGUCGGCCAAGGCGGCCAAGGUCCUGGGUUUCGGUCCUGGCCUCGUCGGGGCCGGCUUGGGCCUCUCAAGGUCUGGUAGCAGGCGGAGCAGGAAGGAUGACGGCGACGACAUUGUGAUGGUUGGGGCCGCCGAUGCUACGCUUGAUCCCGAAAGAUCUGAGCGGCGCAGGAAGCACAGGCAAUACUCGCGAGACGACGAUAUCGUCGUGGUCGAUGUAGCUGAUGCGACACCCUCGCGCCCCCCGCUAAAACGCUCCAGCUCGACCAGCAAAAAACCAUCGGCCUUCAGUUCGUUAUUCGGGGGUGUCUUUACGUCCAAGGGAGACAAGGCUGAUUCGCGCCUAGAGCCGCGCUCCGAGCCUCGUCGCCGGGGCACCUAUCCGACCACGGACGAAGAAGGAGGCAGACGAGGCGAGGAGACUGACGCUGAGCGGGAAGCUCGCCGCGCCGCCCGCCGCGCACGUCGGGCUGAAAGGGAGGCUGCAGAACGGGCCGCUGCGGAACAAGCCGCCGAGGAAGCACGCCGCGCCAAGGAUGAGGCGCGUCGCGAGCGGCGCAGGAGACAGGAGCAGGAGGAAGAGGCGCGUCGACAGGAAGAAAAGGAGGCUCGUCGGGCCGAUCGACGGGCUCAGCGCGCACGGGAAGAGGCUGAGCGUUAUGCUGCCGAGCUGAAAGAAGCCGAACGCGCUGAACGCCGCCGGCGGCGCGCCGAGAUGGAUGCGGCAGAAGUCGAGGCUGACGCCCGCCGUGCUGCCAGGCACCAUGAACGACGCCGCAGCUACCAGCCGGAGGAAUCCGGUCGCGAAGAGGACGAGGAGCGUCGCCUUCGUAGAGAAGCCCGGCGCGCAGCCAAGGAAGCCAGGGAGCGAGAAGACCGAUCAUCUCGGCGAAGGCCCGAGAUGGCUGGUGACCACGUCUACCCCAGGACAUCCCGUGAGACUACAGGUGGUUCCUGGCCUCACUCGGGAACGUCAUCCUGGGUCAAAGAACACUCCGACGCACCGCCACCUCCGGAACACGGCGAGGGCGUAAUUAAACCCCCGAUGCCCGAGAUUGUGGCCCUUGAAGAUGACGAAGAGGGCCGCCAAGAAGCGCGCAGGGCUAAGCGUCGAGCCAAUUAUGCUGAGGCUGCCGGUAUGACACCGGAAGAGUAUGAUGAGGAGAGGCGACGCAGGAAACGCCGCGAGGAGAGGGAGCGUGAGAGGGAGCGUGAGAGGGAGCGUGAGAGGGAGCGUAAGAAGGAGCGUGAGAGGCUGCGGGAAAAAUAUAGAGAGAGAGAGCGGCGCACCGGCUCAGAUGGGAGUGAUGGCCGGCGGGAUAGCCGACGGAAUUCCUCAAUGUUUCUGGAUACCACCCCCAGAAGCUCGUGGUGGAAGAGGUUGACGGGGGGCGGAUGAGUGAUGACUGCGAUGAGAUACGGAGAUACGAGUGAUGUCUGAUAUCCAAUGUUGAAUGAAAUACGCCAUCUGGCGUGCGAUGCUGAUGUUGAGUAUCUGGGAGUUCUUUGUGCCCCUUGAUCAUUUUCAUGUCGAGGAAGAUGUCGAAGGAAGUCUCGCACGCAUGAGUAGUGAAGGAUACCAUCGGUUUGGAAU